UAUGUCAAACUCAUUUCGUCCGACUCUCACGAGUUCAUCAUUAAGAGAGAGCACGCGUUGACCUCCGGAACCAUUAAGGCUAUGCUUUCGGGACCCGGUCAAUUCGCCGAAAACGAGACAAACGAAGUCCACUUCCGGGAGAUCCCGUCCCAUGUGUUGCAAAAGGUGUGCCAAUACUUCACAUACAAAGUGCGGUACACCAACAGCUCGACCGAAAUCCCUGAGUUCCCGAUCGCACCCGAGAUUGCAUUGGAGUUACUGAUGGCCGCAAACUUUCUCGACUGUUAGCUCUCAACAAACAGUUUAUUUAUUUGCCUUUAAAUCGAU